AUGAACAAAACUCACCCGCAGAGAAAUGGUGAUGUAGCUACUCCUGAUUCAACAAAGUCCUUCUCUGAAGAAAGAGGCUGCUGCCACCCGUGCAGUGCCCGCGGGGGCUGCACGUGGAGACGCGUCUGCCUCGCUGCCGCCGCGCUGCUCGUCCUCGCUGCCAUCGUGGGCUUGGCUGUGGCGCUGGGACUCCUGCCACGUCUGCCAGUGAACCGCUUCUGUACAGCCUCCAAUAACCGGACAGGCUUCUUGUGCGAUGACAGAGCAACCUGUGUUCCAGCCAGCCAGGUCUGUGACAGAGUCAGCAGCUGCAGGAACGGAGAGGAUGAGCAGGAGAAACUCUGUGGUGACUUGCCCCGCAGCCUCCCGGGAUACCUGGUUUUCCGCUGCAGUAACCCUGCAUACUGGGUCUAUGCUGAUCAGAGGUGUAACGGGAUGAACGACUGCGGAGAUUGCUCCGACGAGAUGGGGAGCUUGGCUGCCUGUCCCCCGUGCGGGUCGGAGUGGUGGAGCUGCAGCCCUGUGCUCUACGAGUACUGCUCCUGCAUCCCCAGGAGGCUGUGCCGGGACGGUGUCCAGCACUGCCUCAGCUGGUCCGAUGAGUAUAUCUGCAGACCAUGAAGUCCUGGCACCCAGCAGCGCCGGA